AGUUGAAGCUGCUGCUGCAAUUAACGUCACAUGAAACCUUACACCUUCAUUCUCUCUUCUCUCUCUUCGCCCAAAUUAAUUAAAAGUUAAAACUACUCGCAAAGCUUGCCUUGCUUCUUCCACCGUUUCAAUUUCGUCAUUCCUCAGCCAUGAAUGUUAUGAUGCCUUCACUGGCUGCUACGACGCCGCAAGAUAAUAGAGGUGGUGGUAGAGAUGAACGGUGCGUUCAGAGAAGCUAUUGGAUUGAGCAUUCUGCAGAUUUGUCGGUGGAGUCAAUGAUGCUCGAUUCAAACGCCUCUGAUCUCGACAAGGAAGAAAGACCCGAAGUACUGUCUCUAUUACCAGCAUAUGAAGGAAAAUCAGUUUUAGAGCUGGGAGCAGGUAUUGGAAGAUUUACAGGUGAAUUGGCCAAGAAAGCUGGCCAGCUGCUUGCAGUGGACUUCAUUGAGAGUGCAAUCAAGAAGAAUGAAAGCAUUAAUGGACACCAGAAGAAUGUCAAGUUCAUGUGUGCUGAUGUCACAUCCCCAAACUUGCAUAUCUCUGAAGGAUCAAUUGAUUUGAUAUUCUCAAAUUGGUUGCUUAUGUAUCUUUCAGAUAAAGAGGUUGAGAAUCUAGCUGAAAGGAUGAUCAAAUGGUUAAAGGUUGGUGGAUAUAUAUUCUUCAGGGAAUCUUGUUUCCAUCAAUCUGGAGAUUCCAAGAGAAAAUACAACCCAACUCACUACAGGGAACCCAGAUUUUACACGAAGGUAUAUAAAGAGUGCCAUAUGAAUGAUGAAACAGGGGAUUCCUAUGAGCUUUCCCUUGUUGGCUGUAAAUGCAUUGGAGCUUAUGUCAGAAAUAAGAAGAAUCAAAACCAGAUUUGCUGGAUAUGGAAAAAAGUCAGGUCACAAGAUGAUAAAGGGUUCCAGAGGUUCUUAGACAGUGUGGAAUACAGUCAUAAGGAUAUCUUAAGAUAUGAGCAUGUUUAUGGCCAAGGUUUUGUGAGCACAGGAGGACUUGAAACAACAAAGGAAAUUGUUUCAAAGUUGGGACUGAAACCGGGUCAGAAAGUAUUGGAUGUCGGUUGUGGUACCGGAGGAGGUGACAUUUACAUGGCUGAAAAUUUUGAUGUUGAUGUUGUUGGGAUUGAUCUCUCCAUAAAUAUGAUUUCUCUUGCCAUUGAACGUGUCAUUGGACUCAAAUGCACGGUUGAAUUUGAAUGUGCCGAUUGCACCAGAAAAACAUAUCCCAAGAAUACAUUUGAUGUAAUCUACACUCGUGAUGCCAUGUUACACAUCAAAGAUAAACCGACACUGUUUGAAUCAUUUUAUAAGUGGUUGAAGCAUGGAGGUACACUUCUAAUUACUGAUUAUUGCAAACGAGCUGGAAGCAUAUCAUUAGAAUGUGAAGAAUACAUUAAAAAAGGAGGAUAUUAUAUCCAUGACAUGGAAGCAUAUUAUCAGAUGCUUAAGAAUGCUGGAUUCGAUGAUGUAAUUGCUGAGGACCAAACAGAAUUGUUCAUGAAAACACUACAACAGGAGCUAAAUGCCCUUGAGAACAAGAAGCAUUAUUUCAUUGAUGAAUUCUCUGAGGAAGACUACAAUGAGAUUGUUGAGAGAUGGAGGGCCAAGCAAAUUAGAGGUGCAGCUGGGGAGCAGAAAUGGGGCUUGUUCAUUGCCAAGAAAAAUUGAUACUUAUUUAUCAUGAUAUGUCAUGUUAUAGCCAUUUUUAGUUCAAUGUGAUUAGAGAUUUCCCUAUGAUAUAUUUUGGAUAUUAUUCUGUUGUUAUUUGUAUAUUUAGAUGGACAAAAUCUUUGUGGGUUUAGCACCAGGAGAAAAGCUUU